UGGAGCCGGAAGAGGUGUGUCCUCCCUCACUGACACGCGCUCAAGUUUCCUCUAAAUGGCGAAAACAGAGAAAACAACAGGAGCAGGAAACAAAUAGGAAGGAGAACAGAGGAACCCUGUGGAGAAACUCUUUUUAUCGAGACGGAAAGCAGCGGCUGAAGGCAGACUUCGGAUCUUUGUUGGAGCUGAAGCUCAGACCCAUGCAGCUGGUCCCCAGCAGCGGAGCGGAGAUUAAGCUGGGAUCGGUUCGAGCUUCAGGAUGGGCAACAGCAGCAGCGAUCGCUCCGGCAGCGAGAGGUCCCUCAGAGAUGGAGCCUCUGGAGGGAAGGAGGCUCGGUCCAACAUCAUGCUGGACAGCACGGAGGAUGCAGAGCUGUUCCACAGGGAAGACCCCAAGGCUUCACCAGACAUCCAGGAGUUUCUGGCCUGGCAGCAUGACCUCGACUGCGACAGCAAGGAUCCAACGCAGGCCAGACCGACCGUGUUCAGAUGGAUGGGGUCGGCCAAGGAGGUCUAUGUGUCUGGGUCUUUUAACAACUGGGCCACCAAAAUCCCACUAAACAAAAGUCAGAAUAACUUUGUGGCCAUUGUGGACCUCCCUGAAGGAGAGCACCAGUACAAGUUUUGCGUUGACGGACAGUGGACUCUGGAUCCCACUGGGCCCGUGAUAACGACCAAGACUGGUACAGUCAACAACAUCAUACAGGUGAACCAGACCGACUUUGAAGUCUUCAAUGCCCUGGAGAUGGACUCGCAGGAUUCAGCAGACCUGUCAGACUUGUCCAGUUCUCCACCCGGACCCUACCAGCAGGACGGAUAUCUCAUCAAGCCAGAGGAUAAGAUCAAACACCCUCCUAUCUUGCCUCCCCACCUGCUCCAAGUCCUGCUCAACAAGGACACGGGGGUCUCUUGUGAUCCGACACUACUUCCAGAGCCCAACCACGUCAUGCUGAACCACCUGUACGCCCUCUCCAUCAAGGACGGGGUGAUGGUUCUCAGCGCCACUCACCGAUACAAGAAGAAGUACGUCACCACCCUCCUCUACAAACCCAUAUGACCCUCUGAGGCCACCGUUCUCCACAGCUGCUACUUCUAAAGUUUAUUGGAAACAGGACCAACCUUUGUGACCAAGCCUCAGAAAAUCUGAUUUUCUUAGAUCUUUUAUUUAGUCAAACUGUUUUAAUGUUCCUUCAUAACGUUCCGUCAUGUGAGUGUGUGAAUAAAUCAGUAAAGCUCUUCCUCUUAUA